AUGAAGCUCUUGGCCAGUUCCUCUGUCUCGAUACUCCUACAUCCCAGCACCAUGGCUUCCAAUUCAUCCACCGACUUAGGUGGAAGCACUUUCAACCCCGAGAACGUCAAUCUGACUUCUGCUGACCCUCGAGAUGUCAUCUGCGCACUUGCGGAGUCGGGAAAUGACUACAAUGGACAACUCGGCGCCAGAAUCUCGGCCCUGUUCGUCAUCCUCAUCGUUUCGUCGGCCGCGACGUUCUUCCCGGUUUUCGCAAAGAGGAUUCCCCGUCUGCACAUCCCGCUCUAUGUCUACCUGUUUGCCCGGUAUUUCGGCGCCGGGGUCAUCGUCGCCACGGCCUUCAUCCAUCUCCUUGACCCGGCAUAUGGCGAGAUCGGACCCCAAACUUGUGUCGGCAUGACAGGCGGCUGGGCCGAUUAUUCGUGGUGCCCAGCCAUUGUCCUCACGUCGGUGAUCGUCAUCUUUCUCUUCGAUUUUGGUGCCGAGCGAUACGUCGAGGUAAAAUACGGCGUCGACAGUGAGAUGGACCUGCAAGAAGCGGUGACUGGAUACACGGACAGAACGCCGACCGACGCGCAGCGGGACCGUGCGACGAGCAUCGCGUCCAUGCGGCGCGAGCACGACGAGCGCCGCAAGUCGUCCGCGUACGAGAAGCGGUUCGUCGAGGACUUCGCCGUGGACGAGGAGGACUCGGAGGCGCGCCAGAACUCGUUCCGCCAGCAGAUCGCCGCCUUCCUGAUCCUGGAGUUCGGCGUCAUCUUCCACUCGGUCGUCAUCGGCCUCAACCUGGGCGUCGUGGGCGACGAGUUCAGCACGCUGUACCCGGUCCUGGUCUUCCACCAGUCCUUCGAGGGGCUCGGGAUCGGGGCGCGAAUGUCGGCGAUCCCGUUCAAGCCCGGGAGCUGGCUGCCGUGGGCCCUCUGCGCGGCCUACGGGCUGACCACGCCCAUCGCCAUCGCCAUCGGCCUGGGCGUGCGCACGACGUACAACCCCAACUCGUUCACCGCCAACGUGGUCAGUGGGGUCUUGGACUCCAUGUCGGCCGGCAUCCUGAUCUACACCGGCCUUGUGGAGCUGCUGGCGCGGGACUUCCUGUUCAACCCCAUGCGCACAAAGGACAACAAGAGAUUGGCCUUUAUGAUCGUCUGUGUGUUGCUGGGUACCGGCCUGAUGGCCUUGCUUGGGAAAUGGGCUUGA